GUUCUAGAAAACAAAAAACUAGUUUUAAAAACAAUUACCAAAUAAAGCCUUAGAAUCUAAUAUCAUCCAAAAAAAAGCUAACAGCACCCCUUCCUAGUAUUUCUAUGCAGAAAAACACACUAGACCUUGAGUUGGAGUCUUUGGCUACAUUUCUCCGGGAAAAAGGAAAACCCCAUGUCCAAAAGAGCAAGAACAAACAAAGAAUGUUCCCGGAUCAUCCUCAAUCCGCAUUCCCUUAGACCCCUGAUCCUCUCUGCAUUUCCCUUUCACACAUAUGGUAUUGAAUGCCAUCCAUCUUUUUCAAUUCUGAUGUGGUUUGAUUCAAAAGACCGCGUAAACAUCACACUUCACAUCUGAUAUUCAUGAACAUAGCUGAGCUGACAUGGAUUGAAGUUGAACUGAUCAAUGCUCUCUUUUUUAUAUUCUCUUGCUAUUUUGAUUAGCUUAUAUCAAUUUCUUGGUAGGUUUUGAAGAGGUCAUACACUCACUGAUCCUACUUUCUUACAGCAAUGAAAACACCCUUGAACUCGUCACAGAAUAAUCAUACUAAUAAGCUGAUUCGCCUCAGAAAUGAGUGCCCAUAUGUCCUUAUUAUUAUCAAAUUCUACUCCUCUCUUCAUUUCUUAAUCUAUUUUUUGGGGUUAGGUUUUGCUAUUUUAUUUUUAUUAAUUUUCUUAUUAUUUUUAUUUUUACUGAGUCCAAGGUUAGGAUGGCCAACUGUCGAGGGUAGUUGGGCAGAACUUGGAAUAAGAGCAAAACACAUAUGACAACACAUCCAUUGGUCAACCAAAAUGCCCAUCAAUCAACCCAUUCUUCUCAAUCUAACUACAAUACUGCCACACCAACAUUGAGACAAGCAUCUUAAAUCCUUCUUUUAAGCCCAAUUUCAAAUCAUUUUCUAUGAGUGUCAUAUAUUUUUGUGAAAAAAAUAUCAAAUUUAUUUCUUAAACAGUUAAGUAACUAGAAGAUCUUCCUCAGGUGAUAGCAUCUCAGUCAAAAGUGGCAUUAGGGUUGCUGGUUGGUUACUCCAUCUGGGUUAUUGUAUUCUUCAAAGCCACCAUAGAGAGGAGGGAUGACUUUAGUUGGCCCAUUAGAAAAGGACAAAAUAAUGUCAUCCUUAUGUUAAUACAUUGUCUUAUCUCAUUUCUUUGAUGGGCAAGUUGUCACUUAAAUUAUUUAAUUUUUAUAUAAAAAUAUUAAAAUAAAUAAAAUUGUCUUACAUAAAAAUAAUUUAUUGAUUUUAAUUUUUUUUAUUUUUUCUAUUUAUUUUAUUUUCCUAUAGUAUUAAAUUUUUCUCCUCGAUUAAUUUUUGUUGUUACAAUAAAAUCUUUCUAAUGUCAAAAAUAUUUUUGUUUUUCCUAAAUCCAAUUCCUAAUGACCUAAUUUAUAAAAAUGCAAAAGAUUCGAAAACAGUGGUCAAACAGAUUGGCAUUUCUGUGAUAAUGUACAAAAGCAAGGUCAUAUUCCAUACCCCUAUUUUGUCCUCUUUAAAACAGCUCGCCAGCCCGCUAUUUUGUCUCGAGGAGUCUCAAUAGUUUUUCAUACAGAGAGAGAGAGAGAGAGAGAAAGAGAGCAACAACACCAACUAUGGCCAAUUCUAAUGGCCUUUUCCUCAUAUCUUCCAUCUUCGUCGCAGCUCUCUUCACCGCCUCCGUCUCCGCCGGCGGGGACUUCAGCCAACUGAACUGGGAGCCGGCAGCGAAGGCAGCAGCCACAUGCCAAGGCUCGAUAGCGGAGUGCCUCGCGGGAAGGGACGAGUUCGAGAUGGACACGGAGAUCAACCGCCGCAUCCUAGCGACGACGCAGUACAUAAGCUACGGUGCGCUGCAGAGGAACACUGUUCCCUGCUCUCAGAGGGGUGCGUCCUACUACAACUGCAAGCCCGGUGCCGAGGCCAACCCCUACAACCGUGGCUGCAGUACUAUUACUCGUUGCCGUAGUUAAGCUUUUUCCUUUUUCUUUCAUAACUUUGGUUUUAUCUUUGGCUUUGUUUUUAUUUGUAAAAUAAUAAUAAUAAUAAUAAUAAUAAUAAUAACAAAAAAUAAUAAUACGAUGAGUAUUGGAAAUUUUUAGUUACAUUUGAUGUGGAGUGUUUUGUUUAAUAAUGUAUUUAUCAGCUCUUCAA